AUGUCUGCGGGAACGUUUGUUGAUAGAAUUGACCCUUUCGCUAAGCGGUCUCUUAAGAAAAAGACCAAGAAGAGCCAAGGGUCUUCACGUUAUCGUAACACGCAAGAUGUGGAACUACAGGCAUUGCCAUUACUUAAAGAUGUACCAAGUCAUGACCAAGAAGAACUGUUCAUACACAAGUUGCGUCAGUGUUGUAUUACUUUUGAUUUCAUGGACCCUGUUGCUGAUUUAAAGGGAAAAGAAAUCAAACGUGCCACAUUGAAUGAGCUUGUUGAGUAUAUUACUGUUGGUCGCGGGGUACUCACCGAACCUGUUUACCCAGAAAUGAUAAGAAUGAUAUCGACAAACUUGUUUCGAACUCUACCACCAAGUGACAAUCCUGACUUCGAUCCAGAAGAGGAUGACCCGACACUGGAGGCCUCUUGGCCACACCUUCAGAUAGUCUACGAGUUCUUUUUGCGCGUCCUUGAAUCAGCUGACUUUCAGCCAACCAUUGGCAAGAAAGUCAUUGACCAGAAAUUUGUAUUGCAGCUAUUAGAUUUGUUCGAUGCUGAAGAUCCGCGUGAGCGUGACUUUUUGAAGACCGUGCUUCAUCGCAUCUACGGGAAGUUUCUGGGUCUACGAGCUUAUAUACGAAAACAGAUCAAUAAUAUAUUUCUUCGAUUUAUUUACGAAACUGAGCAUUUCAACGGCGUGGCCGAACUUCUAGAGAUAUUAGGAAGUAUAAUCAACGGGUUCGCCUUGCCGCUGAAGAGUGAGCACAAACAGUUCCUGGUGAAGGUGUUGCUGCCCUUGCACAAGGUGAAGUGCCUGGCACUAUACCAAGGGCAGCUCGCCUACUGCGUCGUGCAGUUCCUAGAGAAGGACGCGACGCUAACCGAGCCGGUGGUGCGCGGUCUCCUCAAGCUCUGGCCCAAGACUUGCUCGCAGAAAGAGGUGAUGUUUUUGGGCGAGAUGGAGGAGAUACUGGAUGUGAUUGAGCCAUCAGAAUUUGUCAAAAUACAAGAACCAUUGUUUAAACAAAUUGCCAAAUGUGUUUCUAGCCCUCACUUUCAGGUCGCAGAGAGGGCGCUAUACUAUUGGAACAACGAAUACGUACUGUCACUGAUAGAAGAGAACAACCAAGUGAUAAUGCCGAUAAUGUUCCCAGCGCUCUAUCGGAUGAGCAAGGAGCACUGGAACCAGACCAUUAUCCCAUUUAUCUACAACGUGCUAAAGACCUUCAUGGAAAUGAAUUCUAAGCUCUUCGACGAACUCACCUUUAACUAUAAAGUGGACCGACAAAAAGAGAAGAAACGCGAAAAGGAGCGCGACGAGCUGUGGAAGCGGCUGGGCGAGAUGGAGUUGAGCCAAAAGCGCGCGCAGGCCGCGAUCAAGUGA